AUGAUUCUUACAAGGACCCAUCAUCUCUUUUCCGGCUUCUUUUCCGGUUCUACGAUCGCAGAGAUCGAGUUUGAUGACACAACUUCAUCUCUGACCUUGGUGAAAUCCAUUUCGUCUGAGGCAUCUGGGUCUAAGUGGAUAACUCUUGAUGCGCGUAAAAAAAACUUAUACGUCGCUACGACUAGUGCUUUUCAAAGCUACAAGCUCACGGAAGACUUGAAUCUGGCUUACGAAAGCAGCGUUAACUUGUCUUCAUCCUGCAACAACGCGAAUUUUGUCACCGCCCUGUCAAAGGCUCCGUACACCGUCUUUGGCACUCCAUACGGAAGCGGCUGCCCGACAUUGGCCAUUUCCACCGACUCGUCCGGUACCCUUGAGGCAACCGUCGCCAAUGCCAGCUAUCUUGAUUCGAGUGGUGUUCAUGGAACCGCUCUGAGCCUUAAGAAUGCCUUUCUCUACUCGGCUGAUGAUAUGGGGAAUGCGGUUUGGGUUCACUCCUACGACAAGGUGACGGGCGUCGUUCGUGAAGUGCAGUAUCUGGCUGCCGCUUCUGGUUCGAACCCUAGACACCUAACCGUACAUCCUAACGGAAAAUGGGUUUACGUGGUGUACGAAGAGGCAAAUGCUAUUGCGGCAUAUGAACGAGACACCACGACUGGAAAACUGGAAUUUCACCAUGAGACUUAUAGUCUACUGCCUUCAGGAUUCAUGAACUCCUCUUCGUAUUGGGCUGAUGAGGUACUCCUCUCAAUCCCAGCAGACGCUGACUCGCCCAAAUAUCUUCUUGCCGCUACCCGAUCACGUACGACUGGGACGCCAGGAUAUGUGUCAGCUUUCAGCUUAGAUGCAAAGUCCGGUGACAUCAAGAAACAGUUAUUCCUGCAACCCACGACUGGCAGCGGGGGGUCCGCCAAUGCCGUUUCGCCCGCCCCAUUCAGCGAGGAUUACUUUGCAAUCACAGAUAGUGGAGAAAACUUUGUUCAAGUUUGGAGGAUUGAGAAAAAGAAGGCUUCAGUUAUUGCUCAUUUGGAUCUUGAAAAUGGACCGGCCAAUGUCGUGUGGUAUGACUGA